AUGAAUGUGGAUAAAGACAGUCAAGUGAUAAUACUUCCUCAAUUAAAGGAUACCACGCUGAUAUCCAGACAGUACAAAAUUAUCAAUCUACCCAUCACGUCAACCACGGCAUCAACGACAUCGGCACCAUCUUCCAAAUCAUUCUUGAUCCAGGACUCAGAGAUGUACGAAUUGAACGUAAUCAAAGGCGACAACUCAUCUAUUAAAUUGAAAUCGGGGGAUGGAGUAAAAUCCUUCAUUUUUGAACCUGUAGCCGGAUCUAGCACAUCAGAGACGAACACUGAAUUGGACCGCGUUGGCACCAGGGUCAGUGGCAAUGGCGCGGUCUUGCAAUCGUGUCACACUCUAAUUGCGUCACCUUACAACUUCACAUACAUGGUGAUUGCUAUAUUCGAAAAACAUGGCGACAAAUUCAGUCGGUUUCAUACCUUGGAUGAUAUUAGAGAUAGCUUGCUGAGUUUGGAAUCGGGCCACGAUUGGGUAUACGAUAUUCCACGACAGUUGUUUUCGAAAAGCUUGGCCUAUGUUUGUGAGUCAAUACUUGAAGGUGGUGGACAAGGUGCCAAUAACAAUGACAAUGACAAUGACAAUGACAAUGACAAUGACAAUGACAAUGACGAAGAUGGGGGAGAUAAAUUUUACAAGUAUUCUUCAACGAAAAGUAUUGAGUGGGUCAAUACCAAAGUACUAGCGUUGAAACAUUGGGUUGUUGGCCUGGAUGAUAACAAGCUGUCUACAAAUAGCAUAUUGAACAAAAUCAAGAAGGAGCUUCACGAUCCUACCGCAGCUAACGAAGGACAGCAGCAGCAACAGCAACAACAAGAACUAGUCGACCAAAUGGCAUUACUUUAUGCACUUGACUACGUGUGUGAUUCCUAUGUGCCCAAUUUGAAAUCCAAGAUCAUUACAUACUUCGAUUACAAUUUCACUCAAGUAGAUGACCACUUGACCAGUUUGAAACAAAAACAGAGAAAUUUGGAAGCGGUUGAAGCCAACAUGAAUGAAGUAAUCACGACAACUGCAAACACCACCAAGUCGCAAUCAUCGAAAAAGAAUGGUAAAAAGCAACCAGCAAAGAAAGUUGCAGUUGGAAAAGGAGCUCUUGAUGGAUUUUUCAAGAAAGCGUAA